CAUACAGUCCAUAUGGAAGCCUUGUGAGAGCUCAGUCGUGUCUAAGCUAAUUCCGCUCAACACCUAUACCUGCCCAGAGGUCACAUUGGCCGUUACACAUCAGUUGGGUGGCAGCAGAUCCGGGAGGCGGCGGGAGCGGCUGGAACCGUGGGAGCCACGGGAACCCCGGGAAAAGUGCGCAAGCCCUGAUCAGGUUGCUGGCGUGCCGCCACAGGAACUCGUGGUGCCGGGCUGUGAGCUCGUGGCAAAAUUGGGGAAGCUUGAAGGGCCGCAGGCCUGCAGCGGGUUGAAGUCGCGGUUCAUAUUGAAAGGGAAUGACGUUGGAUGCUGCUCGGGCUGGCCUGAUUGAACUCCACUACCUCAGCCCCGCUGGACCUGCAGCCCCCGCGCCCUGCAAUGAGGGCAUCAUCUGGUCCAAGCACAACUCGAGCAAACUGGAGGCAGCCCUGCAGAAGGCGCACAUCCCGGGCAUCACCGGUGUGACCAUCCUGAAGCCCGCCUUCUUCAAGCAGUACCCGGGUAUGGAGUUUGUGUACAGCGGCUCCAACCCUCGCAUCUACGUCGGCCGUGUCAUGCCCAACCCCGACCCCGCCACCCGUGAGCAGCACCUGGAGAUCUGCUACCUGGCGCCCAAAGAGCCCUAGACGGUGGGCUUCCCACCGGCCUUCCCACGGCCGUCCAAACAAUAUGGGAUGGGGCGGACCCCUUCACACAGGGUCCCCCCCAUGGUCUGUCUCGAUAUCAAACUUCGGCUUCAGUUCUCGACCAGCCUGAUCGUGGACGCACUGGCAAACACUGACACACUCCCAGCAUCCUCAAUUUGUUCUCAGGAGUUCGAGCGUGCGCUGGAGCAGUUCGAGCUACAGGUCGCAGAACUUGUAUUUAGCGCCCCAAGGCAGGCACCGGUGCCACACGCCUCGGCCAACGAGGCACAGACUGCCGCACCCGCGGCGGAGCGGCAGCCCCACGACCUCGCAGUGCUGCGGGUACAGGUGGAGGAGCAACGGGCUGCGCUCGAAGCCGUCAAACGCUCCCUCGCCCGCGUGGGGGAUGCGGCCGCUGUGGACGAGAGCAAGAUCCUGCUGAAGUCUGUCAGCGGCGAGCUGCUAGAGCGCAUCCGGGCGUCCGGGAACCUAGAGACGGUUGCUAGCACGAGUGGGACGUCGGUGAGCGGGCGCUAUGUCCGUGCGUGGCAAUCGGCAGGGCGGGAGGUGUGGAACGUCGUGGUGAUGGUGACGCCCCAGGAACGCAGCGCAUUGAUCAGGGCCGCACGCCUGGUCCGCAGCACAGGUGUGGUGGUGGCGCCUUACCUGACGUCCGUAGGGUGUGCACUGCGCAAGGAGCAACUCGGAGCUUUCGAAGGGUUUCGAGCAGCAGGGCUGAAGCCCCGAUGGAAGGGAGGGGCGGGCAUUCGGUGCCGAGGCACCUAAUCACCUAGGCUGGCGGGCUAGCAGUUGACGUAGUUGGCAUUGAGUAGUACAGUCGAACACGCCUAACUUCGUUGCGCAAAGUAAGUUUCCCGGCGUUAUAAGGGCCCACCGGCCCGGGCCACUGGUACUUACGGGGACAGGAUAGCACGCAUGCUCGUGCACACCACCUUGUAACCAACAACAACAACGAUAGGGAGACGCCAGUUAUGCAAGUAACUGGUGGGCGGGUCCGACCCCCGCACAGACCAGGGUGAGGGCUUGACACCAAGCUGCGAAAGAGCGGAAUUAGCUUAGACACGUCCGGCAGGGAAACGUCGUGUCAGUUGGUGGGGAACCUGUCAGGUGUGUGUACCUAAUAAAUGGACCUCUUGUCAGGUAGAGCGGAAUUCAGCGGAAUUAGCUUGUCGGUCUGUGCGGGGGUCGGACCUGCCCACCAGUUAUGACUGGCGUCUCCCUAUCGAGACAGACCAUGGGGGCAGACUUCAAAACAGACUUCCAAAAGGGUCGUGUCAACUGCCAACGUCGCGUCAUCGUGUCGUGCCAACAUCGUGUCGUGGACGCGUGACCCUGAUCCAAGCUAAUUGUGGUCGUGAUGUGUAGGGGGCGAUGUGACCAUUGGACAGGUCGAUUGAGCGGAAUUAGCUCAGUUGGGAGAGCGUUAGACUGAAGAUCUAAAGGUCGCUAGUUCGAUCCUGGCAUUUCGCACGCUGCAACAGCGUCCCGAUACCAGCCCUGAAAGGGGACUGAACUACCCGGGCAUCCGGGAAAUUUUUGUUUUCCCAUCGCGAGGGUGAGACUAUUGGACUAUUGCCGGCAUACAGAGGGACAUCGGGACACGCGUCGGGUGGGGGAGAACGUAGGGUGGCGCACAUCUCGUCACACUGACGAAUGAUUACAUGCUAACAAUGUGCCUAGUACACGCAUGGUCAAUACAGUAUACCGAGCUGCUGCGCCCGGUCUCGCGGUGGCCUGCGGUGGCAUGUAGUGGCAUGUUGACCCUCGCGCGCUCACGCCGCCUUGCACCCCGGAUGGUAAUAGCUAUACGUUUAGCAUACGCAUGUAUAGUUAAUUUUGCGCUUACAGUUCUCCGGUUAGG